UCAUGUACACGGCGGAGACCCUCUCCAAGGGCAAGAACCGCGUCAUGGGGACCAUCCAGAUCAUGACGGGAUUCCUGCACAUCGGCUUCGGGAUCGUCCUGACCACGCUCACCAACCUCUACACCUCAGUGUUCGUCAUCGGAGAGAUCCCGUUCCUGGGCGGCGUGUCGUUCAUCAUCUCCGGCUGCCUCUCCAUCGGCGCCGAGAAGAGCCCCACGGAAUGCGCGGUGAAGGGCAGCCAGACCAUGAACGUCAUCAGCGCCAUCUUCGCCCUGCUGGGCAUCGUGGCCUUCAUCGUCGACCUCAACCUCAACGUGCUCUACCACUCCAACCUUGACUACCACGGAUACCUCGUCCUGCUCGCAGGGAACGGGAUUUCCAUUGUGCUCCUCAUCUUCACCGUCCUGGAAUUCUGCAUCGCCGUGGCCACUGCCAACUUCUGGUGCCGGGCCACCCGGCUCAGCUCCAACGAGUCCAUGCUGAUCGUCCCCAGUGCCACCCGUGUGGACCUGGCCGUGCCGCCGGCGGAGCUGCCACAGCCACCCAGCUACACCGAGCUGGCUGCUCCUGAAGUCUGACACCGGAAUGGGAUCCUGCCUCCAUCGCUCCCAAAUCCAGGGCUACGGCAUCGUCUUCCCGCUGGGAUACGCUGGUCCCACCCCUCCAAAAGCCAGCGAGCCCCUCCCCAAAUUCCCACUCUCCUGCCCAUCCAUCUGCCCCCGUGCCUGGUCUGAGGGGCAUUCCUUGCUGGCUGCUUUGGGAAGGGGCUUCUCCGUGCGGGACUCUUGCGGAAUUCCCGCCCGUAAAUCCCCAGUGGGAUUCUGGGAUUCACUCGUGUCAGGAUUCAGGACUUCCCGGGGUUCCGGUGGCUUGGAGCAAUCCCGACGUGUGGAUCCACCGGACCGUCUACCUCGGCUUGUCCCGCGUUGGCUUGGUUUUAUCUUGGGAAUAAACGCUCGG